GCAGCAGCCCUCGCAGUGUCCCCCCCGGCGCCCUCACUCCCCACCAAACCAGGCGCACACGAUGGCCACAUGCACCCCAGCAGCUGCCCGGCGUGCGGCCACUCGCUCAGCACGGCGGCGCUCGACGAGGCCAAGCGCAAGAUUGAGGAGCUGGAGGCACAAAUGGAGCGCCUAAAGGAGAAGGCCACGGCAGCUGUGGACAAGUGCGCCGACUACGAAGACCAGAUCCGCAGCCUCAAGGCCCCCAGCCAGCGCGCCGCCAGUCCGCUCCGCACUCUCACCUCGCAAUCCGACACGGCUGCCGAGCUCCCGCGGCCCACGACGGCAAACUCGACAAAGUCGUCGCGCUUCUCCUUUAUCACCAACCGCUUUCCCUCGCCCGCAAACGCUGUCUCGAUGCCUCCGCCCCCGCCGCCCCCCAACGACUACGCCCUGCUCAACGAGCUCGAACGCGAGCGGGCCCUGCGCGCCAAAGCAGAGGCUCGCGUGCAGACGGUCGACACGGAGAUUGAAGAGCUGAGCGUGCAGCUGUUUAGCCAGGCCAACGAAAUGGUGGCCGAGGAACGGCGGGCGCGAGCAAAACUCGAAGAACGCAUCGAGAUGCUUGAGCGGAGAGAUAGGGAGAAGAUGGGGCGCCUGGAUCGCCUCGAAAAGGCCGUCAGUCGCGUGGAGAGGGUAAAGGCGCUUUUGAAUGAGAAGGAGGCUCGAAAUGCUGAUCUUCUGGCAACCACCAACGUCGUGUUGUCCUUAUCGAUUCCUUCAAGACGAUGAACAUCCCUACCGUUUUUGUCGUCAUCGUCAUGGUCAUCUCCUAUUAGCGUUGCAUCUCGUAGUACGAUACCCUAUUUUUUUUCCUUUUUUUCCUGGACAUAUGAAUUUGCUUUUUAGCAUAGCGUUGGGGCGCGACGAGUCUGUAAAUGGGCAUGGGGGGAUUUUGCAUUGCGUGGAUUGAGUAUUACAUUGCAUGGCGUUUGGGGGUGGCCGGGACAAAACAAUGGUUUGCUGCAAUAAAAC